AUGUUAUCCAGACAUAUUGCCCGUGCUUCAAAAGUGAGUAGACUGAGGGAACGGUGACUUAAUUGGACAGAGGGGGCCCAAGUUGGGCCCCAUCCUGUCAAUUGGAACCGAUUGACGACGAUCCGGCGGGAUAUAGGGACAACCGAAUACUAACUGAUUUAGACUGUUGCUAAUCAAAAAAGAUUCUUAUCAUUACAUGAAUUCCGUUCAGCAGCUUUGUUGAAGACCUACGGUGUUGGUGUUCCAGAAGGUAGUGCUGCUACUACACCAGAAAAGGCGUACGAAGCAGCCAAGGCUUUAGGUACUAACGAAUUGGUUGUAAAGGCACAAGCCUUGACCGGUGGUCGUGGUAAAGGUCACUUUGACAACGGAUUCCAAGGUGGUGUUAAGUUAA